AUGGUUUGUCGUUGUCCUGAGCCUUCGCGUGCUUCUAUCGGAAGAGGCUUGGUUUCGGCCCGUGCGGCACUACAAAGGGCUGAAAACGUUCCCGAUGGUGGUGAUGAUUACGACGCUGGAAAUGUUGCCGGUGAACCUGAGCAGAGCACAUGGAGUGUGGGUAAGGCGCCUAGUGGUCUCACUGAUCGUGCGUUCGAACGUUGUACUGAGAUGUUGUCAAGUGACUACAUGGAAGAAAGGAUUUGCUGUGCUUGUGACGGUCUGUAUCCUUUUCGCAAUAUGGUCGUCAAGACACUUUCGAGGUGUAAGGAGUUGGUUAAGUCUAUGCAGCAGCGAUUGAAAGGACCCGAAGAUCUUCCUGUUGAACUUCGCAAAUAUUAUAGCGCUUCGCACUUGUCGCCUGUAUUGGAUGGACUGUUGCUUUCUCCCGGCGGGAUACGCGUUGAUGAUGAGGUGGUCAAAAUGCAGCUCUGUCGGUCAUGUGCAGAUUCAUUACAAAAGAAGACUGCGACGAAGUGUCGUAAGUUUGCGAUUGCCAACGGACUCUAUAUGGGUAAAAUGCCAGACAAGUUCGUGGACACAACGAUGACAGAACAUGCAAUGUUAAAUCGAGUGCAACCAAUGCGAUAUUUAGCUGUCGUUCGUGGAGGGAAACAUUCCAGUCUACGGUCUCAUGCUUAUAUGUUUCGCGCAAACCCCGAUUGUCCAGCCCAGCUACUUUUUCGCCGAGUGAUAUCGGAGGGAAUUGCUCGUGUUGUUCUUAUUGGAGCGAUGACGUCGAACCAAACAGCCCGCAUGCGAAAAAAGUUUGAGGUGAGAAGUGACCGUCUUCGUCGCCAGCUGCGUUGGUAUCGCAAGCAUAACUCAAAAUUCAAGGGAGCCGAUCCAGUUGAUUCAAGUUGGACUGGAGUUCAGACGGCUGUAGUAAUUGAUCGUUCUGUAGCGAUCGAAGAUGCUGUUUCGCGCGACGCUAGCGGGUUAUCGAUUGAUGCGGAAGUGGCCAGCGUUUUAGAUGCAGCUACCGAACGCUUUAACGCUCCUGUCCCGGUCAUGAAAAUGCUGUGA